UCCAAGGAAAGCUGGGGCUGCACGAUGCUUGCAGGGGAAGCGUGAACACAAAGAAACCACAGCCGUCGGAUUGGGAACAACAAAAGACAAGAAAUCUCAAACCAAGUGAUGGACCCGAUUUAUGACAACAGUUUAAAUUAAAAACAGUCUUGAUUUUCUAUUUCUAUCCAUAUUCGAACCAUUAUUUACAUGGCAUGUUAUAGGAGGGGGACUUUACACAGUCGUUAUCCAGGAGAGAGUGAAGCUUGAGCGGUGAGACGUUGUUGUAGUGUUUCCCGAUGGCUUGGUGUUCGUGGGCAGUGCUCUCUCUCUGCCAAACCGUGGUCCUGGUGCCUCUGUAGCGUUUGGGACGGGCAGGGACUGGCGGGUUGACGGUUGAGGACGAUGACUGUCUUGCAGGCUGCUAGUUGACACAGAGGAGAGGAUUCAACGGAAUCUGACUGGGCAUAUCUCUUGUACAUGCUGGGUCGUUACGGAGGUGAGUGAGACAGGUGGAUCCUUUUGGAUGGGUAACAUCGCUCCCUGAUCGUCCCUGUCCCGGCCCACCUAUACAACCCCUGACCCCCCCCCCCCCCCUCCCUUAACACCCUAGUCACCAUGACAUCUACAUCCUGGCCUCAGCUGCUGGCCUUCAAACUGGCCCCUCCACCACAUGACCCGGGGAGCCCAGAGAGGAUCCUCAGCUGUGAGGAAGAGAUCGAGCGUCGUUAUGAGAUCGUUCCCUCUGUGGCCUGCUCCAUGUGCUGCCUCUUCGGUAUCAUAUACUGCUUCUUUGGUUACCGUUGCUUCAAGGCAGUGAUGUUCCUAACAGGCUUGAUGUUUGGCUCCGUCAUCAUCUUUCUGCUGUGUUAUAAAGAGCGUGUUCUGGACACCCAGCUGAGUGUGGAGGCCUCGGUGGGCAUCGGCCUGGGCAUCGGUACCCUCUGUGGCCUGGUCACCAUGCUGGUACGCUCUGUUGGACUUUACAUGGUGGGGCUCCUGCUGGGACUGCUGCUGGGCAUCGCUUCGCUGGUGGUAAUGGAGGAGUUCCACCACCCCCGGACGGUGUGGGUUCCCCUGGGGGUGUUGUUGGGGUCAGGCAUGCUGUUCGCCGUCCUUACCCUCCAAUGGCAGCGCUUCUUCACCACCCUCUCCACCGCUGUGUUUGGCUCGGCUGUCAUCACCGUCACUGUGGACUAUUUCAUCGAAUUGUUUGCUCUUGUCAGAUACAUAUUUGAGAGGAUCAAGGUGGCUCCGCCCCGUCCUGUCUGCUGGUUCACCUGGGUCAUCAUGGGGGUGUGGCCUGUACUGGCAUUGCUGGGGGUCCUCAUCCAAUGGAAGGUCACCGCCGAGGGAUACUCACACACUGAGGUGGUUCUCAGUCGACAGCAGCGGAGGAUCCAAUUGAUGAGGAUCCACCAGAAGGAAGAGAGGAUGCAGAAAGAAGUGAGGAAGAAGAAGAAGAGACAGAAGCAACAACAGCAGAAGCAGCCGGAGCAACUCCAGCAUCAGCAGUACCACCGCCCUCCUCCACCUACCUACCCUCCUCCUCCUCCUACCACCGCCACCACCACCACCACCAACAAACCCCUCCUCCCUGAGCCCAUCACCUACCACAGGAAACCAAACCCUAUUCGACGCUUCGAUGGGGACGUGCUGUCUCCAAGUUACAUCGCUAGUUUCCGGGACAGACAGGUGGACAGACGGGAUUACCCUCACCACGGCAGGCCCAUCGCCAGGCACCACAUGGCUGACCGAGACUACGACUGUGGAUCCCAAGUACCCCUGACUGCCCCCAAUGGACCGGCUGUACGAGUUUGACAUUGACAAUAACCUUUAUAUCCUGUGACAGUGCUCCUACUGGUUUGGAGUGGUACUGUUUUGUCCUUUUUUUUGUCUUUUUUUUUGUUGUUGUCCAGUGAAGUUCUCCAGUGUCCAGAUUGAAUGUUAAUCUCUGGACUAAUGUAUUCUGAGGUGGAUAUAGAAGGUUGAUGUCACCCGUCCCCUUCUCUUUUCUUUUAGCCUGAAGCAAAUCAGUGUCCAGACUGAGAUUGACCUUUGAACCCUGGACUGACUUAGAAAUGAAAGGCCUUUGAUGUCUUCCAUUGAACUCUCUUCCAUUCCGUCUUUUAGUCUGUGGUUUACAUGGGCUGUGGAACAUAUAAACCUUGAGGUGGUUCCUUCGUCUCAGCUCUUAAAGACAUCUAUUUUUUUGGAGCGUUACAAUUUCCCUGAACAUGUAUGUCGAUACCUGUAUAGGGUCUUAAAGGUGAAAGGAAGCGUAAAACAUUACCAACGUAAGACAUCAACUUCCCUGGAAAUAUGUCACUACAGUUGAAAUACCAUUUUCUCCUACUGUGUGAUAUGUGGGCUAGUGUUGAUGUGUUGUGUGUCUAAGAUCAUUGUCCUGUGUGUCUGUGUGUGUCUACUGCCCCACGGUCCAUUAUUAGUCAGCACUAAGUCUCUUUAAUCUGCUCAUUUUAAACAUGGCUAAGCGAUGUUACCUUUAAAUCUACUGUAUUAUUCAAAGAAACCUGCUAUGGCUUCGAUGUUGCCUUUACUGGUCUUGUGGGGGAGAUGGAGUACAACUCACCUGCUAUUUCUCUCCUCCACUCCCCCUUGUCCUCCCCUCUUCCCUCCUCUCCCCCUUCUCCUCUCCUCUCCUCUCCCCCUUCUCCUCUCCCCUUCUCUCCCCCUACUCCUCUCCC